UGACGAGAACAUAGACAGUAAUGAAGAAGAGAUCAGCUGAUUCCGACUGAGCAGCUGCCGUCUGAAAACAACAUUUAUUUACUUCAAAACAUUUAUAUCAGUUAUAAUAAGAUUCCAUUGCCUUAUUUAUGUGUUUUACGUAAACUGAAGGUGCAGCAGUAUGAAAGGUUUAUACUGUCGAGCUGCUGUGAGUGAUACUGAGUCCAAAUUCGUUAUUCAGGAAACGACUCUCCCUGAUGUCAUAGGCAGCCAUCAGGUCCGGAUUCGGGUGAAGGCUUGUGGACUCAGCCCACUGGACCUCAAGCUGCUCAGAGAUGUUGGGAUCCAGAAGGAUUUAAUUCCUGUUGGCAGAGUGGUGGCCGGGGUUGUCCUUCAAGUUGACCCCAGCGUGACCUUCUUUCGGCCUGAAGAUGAAGUUGUGGGGAUCCUUCCUUUGGACUCCUCCUGUUCAGGACUCUGUGAGAUCAUUGACAUAGAUGAAUACCUUUUAGUUCAGAAGCCACAGAAGCUCAGCUCCACGUGUGUCGCAGGAGCAUUGCGUGAUGGUCUUUGUGCUUACACUGCUCUACACACACACGCUCACAUGGCAGCCGGACACACACUCCUGGUCAUGGAUGGAGCCAGUCCUUUUGGCCUGAUGUGCAUCCAGCUGGCUUGCUACCACGGCCUGAAGGUCCUGACGACGUCACACUCACAACAGCAGCACACCUUCCUGGAGCAGCUCCGGCCCAGCGUAGGCGUUCAGGAUCCUUUAGUAGUCAGAGUUAUUCCAGUUCAUGAUGGCUCAUCGGAUCUGCUGUCAGCCGUUCUGGAGGAAACGGGCGGGCUGGGAGUGGACAUCGUCAUCGAUUCUGGAGAAGUUAGUCUGCAGGAAAAGGAGGAAGAGGAGAAAUUGCUCCCACAUAAACAUGACAUCAUCAGCAUACUGGGAGUGGGCGGGCACUGGGUCACCUCCCACCAGGACCUGCAGCUGGAUCCUCCUGACUGCAGACUGCUUCAUUUAAAAUCAGCCUCCGUGUCUUUCCUCAACCCUGAGGUCUGGACCGCUUCGUCGGCUCAGCAGGGACGAUACCUCCACAUUCUGAAGGACGUUGUGGAGAAGAUGUCUGCUGGAGUCCUCAGGCCUCAGCUCCAGGAAGUAAUUCCUCUUUAUGAAGCCACGGUUGCCAUGGAAACAGUGCAGCUUCACCCCAAGAAAAAGGCUGUUGUUCAGCUCUGAGUGAAAUAUUGUGAUGUUAAUGUGACUUUGAUCAAAACACUGGGAGUGACAAGGUUUUUUUCUUUGGAAUCAGAAGAUCAGGACGUGUUUGACCAGAUUUACCUUCUGGACGUUCAACAUGCUACUGAACUACAUUCCUGUCUCAUAUCUAGUUUUAUUUUAGCUUUACAACGCAAACGAUAAAAUGCUUCACUUCUGGUUAUUUGUUGAAAACGUCACAAAUACCAGGAGUCCUUUCUCUUGGUUAGAUGUGUAAAGGUUGUUCAGCUAAAGAAAACCAAACGUAACAGACCACAAAUAAACAUAAAACACGCUGACGAUGCAUCAGAUAGAACUAGAAACCAAUCACACUGAUGACUACACCCCCUAGUGGCUGCUUCCAUUAUUACAUUUUAAGCCUCGCCCCCUACAUGUACCAAAUAUUUGUCUUGAAUAAAAAUAUAAUUACAAAUGGGAUCUUAAAAAAAAGUGAUUCUUGUUGAUUCAGCUGCUAAAAUAUUUUAUUAUUAAAUACAUUAAUUUGAUGCCAACUGUGUGCUCUGGGGGACCAGUCAGGAGAGAGUUCAGCCAGUAAUCUGGAUUAUUACACCGCUCCGGCGUCACCUCAUCGCCCCGUCAUUUGGUCUGGAUGACAGGAAGUUGUCCUCAAGUGUUUUAAAACAGCCUUCUAGGAUCCAGCUCUCCUCUUGCCGCAAGGACCUCACCAUCUCCAGCUGAUCUCUGAUUGGCUGCUCACACUGCUGGAGCAGGUGUGUGAUCUAAACAGAUGCAGACUUAGUUAAGGGUCAUCCAUGGGAAACAUUUUGGUGUGUGUGUGUACCUUCUCUAAGGCUGUUUGUGAUUCUCGUUGAAGUCGCCGACACAAAGCCAUGACCGUCUCUACGCCCCACUGCUCCAGGUUUUCACACAGAGCCUGGCCGAGCAGCGCUGCCUUCCAGAGGUGGCUGUGAGAAACGUACAGAUUAGAGCAGAAUCUGGCUAAUGCCUCGUUACACAGAUGUGGACAAAGACUUACUAGAGCGUUUGUGGCAGAGACAGAAGUCUGAGAGCGGUCAUCAGCCUCCAGCUGGGACCUUCCCUGGACACAGUGAGGUUCCUGGAGAAGGGGAGGAGAAUUGGGAAUCUUUCUGCAAACUUAUCUGGUGCCUUCAAGUGCAAAACGUCAUUAAAUCUGAUGAAUACGAUUCAAAUCAACCCUUCAGUGAGAGGCACCUGUGCUAAUUUAUAGAUAAUCUAGGAAAAGCUAUGUGGACAAAUGAGACUAAUGAGAAUCACUUUCUGUAGCUCUAUAUACCCUAAAGGUCUUACAUGCCACUAAACAGCCUCAGUUCAGAGAAAUAGAGUUACCUUCUGCAAGGUUGAGGAGCUAACGGCUAGGCUGAACAGCCAAGAUAAAACUGUACCAGACUUCUACCUUUCACAGCAGUUUAUGAGAAUUUUACACCCCAUCAAAAUAUUUCACCAGCACAGCUCUUAAUGGCAGUUAAAGGGUAGACUGAUCAUCACUCGAACCGCUGACAGAUAAGGAGUGGAACUGUUUAAAUGACAACUCAGUCUAGCUGUUAGCUUAUUAGUCUUGUAGGAUCUAACCUCAGUUUCUCUUAAAGACAGAUGUGUGGCGAAUAAAGCACCAGUGACGCACAGAGGUGGGAUUUUGGGUUUGUUUUAACACAGGCUGUGUGCAGUACUGGAGCUGCACAAGGCACGGUGCUCUCACUCUUUCUCUUCACCUUCUACACCUCGGACUUCACCUACAACACCAGUAGUUGUCACCUCCAGAAGUUCUCUGAUGACUCGGCCAUUGUCGGCUGUGUGUCUGAGGGGAAUGACCAGGAGUACAGGUCAGUCAUCACGGACUUUGUGGACUGGUGUGAGCGUAACCACCUUCAUUUGAACACCAGUAAGAUGAAGGAAAUGGUGAUUGACUUCCAGAGAAACACUCCUCCUCUCUCACCAGUAAACAUCCAGGGAGCAGACACUGAGGUGAUGGAUACCUUUAAGUACCUGGGUGUUCACCUCAACAGUAAACUGAACUGGUCCAACAAAACAGAUGCUCUGUAUGAGAAGGCCAAAGCCUCCUCCUGAGGAGGCUGAGGUCCUUCAGAGUUAAUUCUCAGCUGCUAAAAUCCUUUAAUCACUCUGUUGGCUCUGUUAUCCACUCUGCUGUGGUCUGUUGGGUGCAGGCAGCUCUGACCGAGACAGGAAGAGGCUGAACAAGCUAGUUCACAAAGCUAGCUUGGUUCUGAGCUGCCCACUGGAUUCAGUUGAGGAGACGUGUGAAAGGAGGAUGCUGGGGAAGAUGACCUCCAUCUUAAAAACCCCUCCUACCCACUGCAUUCCACUGUGGAGACCAUGGACAGCUCCUUCAGAGGCAGACUGAGACAUCCCAGAUGUAAAACAGAACGCUACCAUAGGUCUUUCCUCUCCUCUGCAGUAAGAGUGUAUAACUCCUCAGUUUAACUGGUACUGGCAUUCACCUGGUACACAAUAACACCAAUGCAAUACUCAGUAUGUCUGCAAUACCAGUUUUACAUAGAAUGUCUGUGUCCUUUACGGUACGCUGAAUAGUUCUGGAACCCGAGUUUUUCAUUUUUUGUGGUUUUAGUGGUUGAAGGUUAAAACACUAGCUUACUGCCUAUGUGUGUAUAUACAUGUACCCUUGUUAUUUUUCUUCAAAUUAUUCUCUUAAGUGUUUGUACUGCUGUAACAAGUGCAUUUCCCCACUGUGGGAUCAAUAGUCUAUUCUACCAUUAUUAGAAAUGUAGUAUUGAGUUGGGCUGAAUUAAACAGAAAAAGCUUUAAAAAGA